AGAAAAUCUAUAGCAGCUACAAGGGGAUUAUGGGGUUCUUUAGAUCUGCAGUAUUAUUAGUGUUCUUGCUGUCUUGCUUCAGCUUUUCAUCAACAGAUGCCUUCGAUGCACUUGAUCCCAAUGGGAACAUCACAAUAAAAUGGGAUGUCAUCAGCUGGACACCUGAUGGAUAUCUUGCUGUUGUGACUAUGUUCAACUUCCAGCAAUAUAGGCAUAUUCAAGCACCAGGCUGGACUUUGGGAUGGACAUGGGCGAAGAAGGAGGUGAUAUGGAAUAUGAUGGGAGCUCAAACAACAGAGCAAGGAGAUUGUUCGAAAUUUAAAGGAAACAUUCCCCAUUGCUGCAAGAAGGAUCCAACAGUUGUUGAUUUGCUGCCCGGAACUCCUUACAAUCAGCAGGUUGCAAAUUGUUGCAAGGGAGGAGUGAUCAACUCAUGGGGGCAAGAUCCUGAAACUGCUAUUAGCUCAUUCCAAGUCAGUGUUGGUUCUGCCGGAACAACGAAUAAAACAGUUAGAGUUCCUAAGAACUUCACCUUAAAGGCACCAGGACCUGGUUAUACGUGUGGACCUGCUAAAAUUGUUAAACCCACUAAGUUCGUUACUAAUGAUGGGAGACGAGUAACACAGGCCAUGAUGACGUGGAAUGUCACCUGUACAUACUCACAGUUCCUAGCUCAAAAAACUCCAACAUGCUGCGUCUCCCUCUCAUCCUUCUACAAUGACACAAUUGUACCAUGCCCAACAUGCACAUGUGGCUGCCAGAAGAAUGGCACUCAGCAUGGAAAUUGUGUAGAUCAAGACGAACCGCACCUAGCUUCAGUUGUUUCAGGCCAUGUAGGAAAGAACAAGUAUGCUCCUGUGGUUCAGUGCACUAAUCAUAUGUGCCCAAUUAGAAUUCACUGGCAUGUGAAACUCAACUACAAGGAGUAUUGGAGGGUGAAGGUCACUAUAACGAACUUCAAUUACAAUAUGAAUUAUACACAGUGGAACUUAGUUGUCCAGCAUCCCAACUUUGACAACCUCACUCAGUUAUUCGGCUUUCAUUACAAGUCAUUAACUCCUUAUGGAGCAAUAAAUGACACUGCUAUGCUAUGGGGUAUGAAAUUCUACAAUGAUCUGCUCAUGAAUGCUGGUCCAUUAGGAAAUGUGCAGGCCGAGCUUCUGUUCCGUAAGGAUUUAGCGACUUUCACUUUUGAUAAGGGGUGGGCUUUUCCACGCAGAGUUUAUUCAAUUUUUUGCGCGGAAUUACCUAAUAAUUGCAAGAAUUUAGUUCGAAUCAAGCUUUUUUCGAAAGUUGAGAAGAAGUAUGCACUUGCUCCAGGAUUCUCCAAGAACCAAUAA